AUGGCCAUAGAAAGUUUUGCCAAGCCCUUUAAUGAUAUCAACUUAGUUGAGAGCUUUGAAAUGGAAUCUACAACACCGGAUGAAGUUGACAUAGGCAAAGGGAAAGGAACAUCGUCAACUAGUAUGCUUUCCGGAAGGAGAAGCCAUCGAAAAAGAGGCUAUGAAAUUGAAGAAUCAAUUACAUCUAUUUUAGACAUGAAAGUGAGAGAAGUGGCCAAAUCAACUCAUGCUUUAACCAAAAAUGAAGUUGAUAUAGAUGAGCUUUAUGAUGUGGUGAUGAAGAUUACUGAUUUUAAUGAUGGCAUAUUGAAUAAUAUGUUUGAUUAUUUGGAGCGAGAAUGA